CGGAGCCCGCAGCCCCUGCCCGAGUGUGCAGGCCCGGGGGCCCGCGCCUCCCUCCUCCGCCCUGCCCUGCCCUGCCCUCCUCUCCUCUCCUCUCCUCUCCCCGCUCCUCCCCUCCUCCUUCCCCGCGGCGGCCCAAGACCAUGUCAUGUGCCCAGCUGCUGACCAUGUGCCUGCUCAGUGCCCAGCCUCCUGCCCGCCUCGUCUCCCCUCCUCCUCCUCCUCCGCCUCCUCCGCCCGCAGGCCUCACCCUCUUCCAGGACAUUUUCCGCCGGGCAGACAAGGACGAUGAUGGGAAGCUGUCCUUCGCCGAGUUCCAGAACUAUUUCGCGGAUGGGAUUCUCAGCUCCGAGGAGCUGCGGGAGCUGUUCAGCGGAGUCGGCCAGCAGAGCCCAGACAGUCUGGAAACAGAGAAGCUCUGUGAUUAUUUCUCUCGGCACCUGGGGGAGUUCAGAUCCGUCCUCUCGGCCCUGGAGGCGUUGAACACGGCGGUCCUCACCGCCAUGGACGCCACCAAACUGGAGUACGAGUGGGCUCCCAAGGUGAACCAGUUCGUGACCCGGUUCUUGCUGCGGGAGACGGCGAGCCAGCUUCAGUCCUUGCACCUGUCUCUGGAGUGCGCCUCCGAUUGCGUGGAGAGCCAGGCUGGCCGCGGGAGGACGGACGUGGGGACACCGGUGGCCCCGAGCAGCCCGAGGCCCGGCAGGAGGAGUGGGCGCCGAGCCCAGAAGACCGCCCGCCCGGACCCCACGGCCCCUUCUUCCGAGACCUCGCUGGCAGUGGCCUCGGUGGACGGCGGAUGCCAGUGGACAUCUCAGAUCCUCCGUCUGCAGCGGCUGAUCGACCAGCUGGAGUGGAAGAGCCGGAGGUUGGAGCUGCCGAAAGGGGAAGCUGUUUGCAAAGAGGCAAAUCUGCUCAUCCUGGUCGUCCAGAGGAGGAUCUCGGUGGCCCCAGCGGGUUUGAAGCAGUUUCAUCAGGCCCUGCGUUGCUACACCGACGUCACCGCGGCCCAGAGCCGCUGCCUGCGAGUGUCAACCCAGAGGCUGGCGGAUGAGUCCAGCUUCCUCCUCUACGAGUUCUGGCAGGACGCAUCCUCCUGGAGCAGUCACUCGCGGACCAGCUGCAGCAAGGCGUUCCAGAGGGUCCUCGUUGACCUCCUGCGGACUCCGGAGAUCCUGACCACCAUGCUCUUCCCAGCCUCCUGGUGGAUCAUGAACAACUGAAGCUUCCUACAAGUAGGCCUGCCGCCCGGGGGAGGACAGGUCUCUCCCUCCGGACCCCGCGACCCCUACUGCCCUGUCCCUGCCACCAAGGCCACCCCCCUCUCCCCGGCCCAGGUCACGCCUGCCCUUCUCGGAGCCUGCGGAAGAGGAAUAAGAGCUGGGGUCCAGGGUGGGGAGGGGGCCGGGGAGGAGGUGGUCAGGGUUCCUUCCGUGUCACCUGUGUGGUUUUUAUUACCCGUUCUUAGUGCCAGCCUUCUUUCCCUCCUCCUCUUCGUCCCUCUCGCCUUUCCCUCCCUCCUCUUCCCCCACUCAUCCCUCCCCACCCAUACCAGAGGGAAUCAAACCGACUGGCUCUGGGAGUAGUCGGUCGUGGCCAACCACCCAAAUCCCUUCCCACGUGUGAUCGCGGCGAAGGAGCCGUUGACGUAACGCACAGCCUUUACUCCUCUUCUGCAUUUCCGAGUCCCUGCGUUACCUGCUGUAUGCGGAACACUGUAUUAAGCGUUUGGGAACGUGCAAUAAAGUUAGUAGGCAAAA